UGUAUCUGUGCCACAACACAAUGGGGCUGUAAUGUCAGCGACGGGCGAGAUUAGAGCAUCUUCUCAACAGUACUGAGUCUGUGUAUGGAUUUAAUGAUGAUGAAAAAGAAGAAAUUCAAGUUCAAGGUGGAUUUUCAGCUGGACGAGCUCUCGUCGGUCCCCUUUGUCAACGGUGUCCUCUUUUGUAAAGUCAGAUUGCUGGACGGCGGCUUCUCCGAGGAGUCCUCUCGGGAGCCAGUGCAGGCCAAUUGUGUUCGAUGGAGGAAACAGUUCUCUUUCCCCUGCAAGAUGAGUGCCAAUGCAGGGACAGGUGUACUGGACCCCUGUGUGUGUCGUGUAUCGGUCAGAAAGGAACUGAAGGGUGGGAAAGCAUAUGCAAAGCUUGGUUUUGCAGAUCUGAAUUUAGCAGAGUUUGCCGGCUCAGGGAAUACAACCCGCAGAUGUCUGCUGGAAGGCUACGAUACCAAAAAUACUCGUCAGGAUAAUUCCAUUCUCAAGGUAAUCAUCAGUACACAUCUCAUGUCAGGAGAUCCCUGUUUUAAAACGCCUCCCUCCACAGCCACAGUGAUUGGGAUCCAGGGUGACGGAGAGAGCCUGCUGGAGGAGAGGAGGGGAGGAGACUCACAGAAAGGCUGUUCUGCAGAGAGUCGUGAAGGGAAGUGUCCGGUUGUUUCUGAUGAGCUGGGGGGCUGCGGCCAUUCCCGUACAUCCAGCUACGCCAGCCAACAGUCCAAACUUUCAGGCUACAGCACGGGUCACUCCCGCUCAUCCAGCAUGUCAGAGUUCAGCCAUCGGAGAAACCAUUCAGUGGGCAGCGCCUCAACGGGCAUCGGCAGCAUCCCAGAACCCAGCGAGGACCGAGACAAAGAGUCCAGACCCUGUCCUGCACUCCCUGAACACCCAGUCUCCACCGCCACCACUAGCAACCCACAAGGCACACCAGUACGGAGUGCCUCAUCCUGUGAACGACUCAACAGACAUCCAGUGAAACAGGACUCCAUGGAGUCUCAGCUAAAGAGAAUGGACGACACACGGGUGGAUGCUGAUGAUGUUGUGGAAAAAAUUCUUCAAAGUCAAGAUUUCACACCCAGUUUACUGGACUCCAGUGCUGAAGAGGAAGGCUUGCGUCUGUUUGUUGGGCCUGGGGGAAGUACAGCCCUUGGAAGCCAUCACCUUCCCACCAGGGUUGGAGCUGGAGCGUAUGAGCAGGUGGUGAUAAAGCGUUAGACCUACAGCCUCCUUUAUGAUGGACUGACACUGCUCACAUCCAAAAAAUUGGAAACAAGGCUGUGUCCAUUUCAAUCUCCAUUCCUAAAGCUCAUUGCCUGAUCAGCAUGGUGUCUAACCUGAUCACUCUGUGAAAGGUUGACAUUACAACAGUGCCCUCCUGUGUUCAUAUCUGCCGUUUGACACAGUAGCUUCCUGGCAGAUUUUUAACUGGCAGAGGUGGACAGUUAUCAUCUCAAUGUAAACACACACAGCUGUGAAUUAAGGAAACUGAAACAUUGACCAGAUUGUUCAAAUCAUUUAACGUAUGUCACAGAAACUGCCAACACCUCACUUUCUGGGGGUCAACUUUGUCACCCAGCAUCCAAACCCAAAUCAUAAACUGUUAGUGACCGGAAGAAAAUGAUUAACCUUUCAUCUCCAAUGGAGGACUGAAGGACUGACUCUGUGUACAUCAUCAAAACGAAGGGAGAUCUACACUGAAGAGGAGUAUGCCAUACGUUUUCAAUACAUUCCUUUUGCCUCAGUGUUUAUUUUAGACGUCCUUCUUAAACAGGAUGUUCUAUUUAAUAUUAGCCUAUAAGCUGCAGUUGUUGGCGCUCUAACAGCAGUCGGUGUUUUGAAGCUGAGAAUAUUUUACUAUGAAGACGAGGCGUCAGACUUGAGCUAUUAGAUGUGUGAACGCGGGCUGUGAGUGUGGUUAUGUGUCUGCUAUGUAGUAAGACUACUUGUAUUAGUAGUAACACAGUGUCUCCCCUAGGUUGACUGCCUUGACGGGGGGUGGGGGGUAGGGGGGGUGUCGGCUCUCUUUGUAGCUGUAACAGCAGGAGAACUGCUACGGCUCUUAGGACUACCUUCCCCGACAUUAGCAGCAGAGCUGCUAGUGUCCUCGCCACUGUUACACUGCUAUUUUGGCCCGACUUUCAGAUGGUUGGGGUUGACGUCAGUCUUUGGUUUUAGAGGGAUUUAUAACAGUUGUUGGAAAGCUUUUAUUGCACUUACCGUAACAAGAUGUCAACUUGUCUCCUCCUCCUUCCCCACAAGCUAGGGGAAACACUGAGUAACCGUUAUCCUGUUAUCUUGGAUGAGGGAUGGAUAUAUGAUCUAUUGUGAGAAAUGCUUUGUUGGUACUUUCAAAGAGAAAAUGGGAGAAUACGACAGUUUACUAGUUUGCUUACUUGUAAUAAUAGAGGUCCCUGUUUGCUCUUAUCUGGUGAGGAUUGUUGUAGAAAAUCCUAUAGUACUUAUCUGCCCUACACAAGCAAAAAGCAUUAACAAUGUAUUUGGUCAAAACUCAGUUGAGACCCCAAUCUGACCUUCUGAAAUUUGCUUUGCUGUAUCACCAAAACAAUACUGUAGAAAUGCAAAAUUCCUGUUAAAAGAGCUUUCAAACACCAAAACACAGGAACUGCACUCUGGCCAUACAGAUACUGCACUCUGGGUUUGUAUUGCUCCUUAGUUUGGUUUCUCUGUCAUAUACAGCCUACUUGAAGCUAAGGCAAUGCAGCUACGUAUAUGAAAGUUAGCUGGGGACAUAGCCACACCUAGCUUAAAGUUCAAACAGAUGCACUUUUUGCCCUUGAUGUUAUAUGUAAAUGAAAAUAUAAAUUUUCAUGAACUAAUAUGUUAGUUACUCAGUUUCUUAUUCCACGUAACUAAAUGAGACAGAAAUGACUGAGAAAAAAAACAGCAGACUACUGCUUAGCAGCAAUAGCUUAGCAGACCUUAGUGACUUCCAUUUUUGCUUUUCACUCCAGUGAGUUAGGUCAUAUGAUUUGGUGUAGUUAAGCUGCCACUAAGUCACAGUAAUGUAUUAAAUAGUAAAUUCAAUUAUGAAUUUAGUUUUACAAAUACAAAUCAGAUUCCCAUCAGCUAUAAACUAAAUAAUCAAAAUAAAGUUUAUUUUCUUGAAUAAACUAGCUUAAAAGAUCUACCUAC